AUGGUUAACAUGGCGGUCAUAACAGGAAAAACCCAGAACUAUACCUUGAAAAUUUUUUCCGUGACACCAGCCGGCAGAGUCGAUGACGUCACUUCAUAUACCACGUGUCAUUCCAGCGACCAAGACGUCGUCAAGAGAAAUACACAAACACCCACGCAAAAUGUACAACGUGCAUACAAAGUGAACGAAGGAAUGUACAACCCAAUACAACUCUGCCUGGCUCCUCUAGUAACUGAAACAUGUGCCAGAGUUUAUCUGGACGGAUCUGAGACGAGCUCGCAUCACAGCGUCAGUGUCAUCACAAAAUUCGGCAAGCACACGAAAUUCUUAUAUUUCAGGGUUUGGAGACCAAACAUACCCAUAACGCUGACGGUUUCUGACAGCAUUCUCAACCAGGUUAGAGGCUGGAGGGUCCCGAAAAAAGAGUUUAAUAGCGAUGAUAACAACAAUAAUAAAGGGAAAAGCCAAACGAACCGGCGGGCCGCCGAUUUCGGCAUACUAUCCGACAAGGAGUCGCCAUUUGACGAGAAUUACAGCAGCAACGAAGAUGUCGAGAUUGAUAAUACCGGCUCCGACCUACCAUUCCGACACCACAAUUCUCAGUCCAUCCGUCAGACGAAUACUCCACCAGAGCACGGUGGCGGUAGUGGCGGCUCCUAUCACCACAGCCACAGUAGCAGCCAUCAGCUCAUGUCCUGUGAGACUCGUUUCCAAUCGGCUGUGGUCGAAGUCUUCGCGACAUUUUCGGUACCGCAGGAUCAAUACCUCGUUAAUAACCAAGUUCGGUUCCGAAUUACGGACCUGGUGAUUGAUAGGAUCAGUAUCGGGAAUAGGGGCGUGGCCAGUCUGACCGGAAACAUCGUAGAGGGCAGUGCCCCGGGGGUGACAAAUGUUCAAGUUAAGUCUUCAACGGGCUCGUUAAUUGGGUCGGUUCAAAUCGAGGUUACCACCGACAAGGUCAACAUUGAAAGCAUAAGGUCAAACGUCAUAACUGGAUUGUCUCUACAGGUGUCAUCUCAUCUCGACCUCCGUGGGGCCAUUGUGGCGAGACUGACGAAAUCUAGCGAGUUUAAGAAAAAAUAUCAGGAGGCCACUCUGGAGAUGACCUUGAACUACGACGACGGUACCAGUUUACCCCUUCACCACAUUCCAGAACGCGACGUGUUAUUCACGAUCGACGUCCUAGACGAUCAGCUGAUUGCCGUGAAACACGCCCACCCAUUUUAUUCCCCGCGAUUUUUGGUCCUAAAACCAGGUCAGGGUGACCUAAUUAAGCUAACUUUAGAGUCGAGUCCCCACUGUUUCCGUAAGAAACCGCGACUCCUCGCCAUAGGACACGUUUAUGUAGACGCCGAUCUUGCCAAUGAUGAAGAGGAGGAAGAGUUUGAGGUAGGCGGGGCUUUGAAUCAUGUCAAUCAAACUUUAGAGACUGUGGAGAAGGGUGUGGCCCAUAUUAAUCUCAGUUACGAUGGUCUGGUCAUCAGUGCCGGUACAACCCCUAACAGAGAAUUCAAUCGAAAAAUGAACCAAGCCGACGCCAGCAACUCUCCGACCGGCAACCAACAAAGCAAAUUUCACCAAACAAACAGCAACAACAACAACAACGGCUACUCACAGCACCCACCGUCACUGCACGCUUCGGCCCUGACUCCACUGGAAAUAGGGAUGUACACGCUGCUUGCCGUCUUCUGCCUGGCUGUCUUCAUAUUCAUCAUCAACUGCGCGUUCUUCAUGGCGAAACACAGGCGCAAAAAUGAUUCGAACUCGCCGCGAAAAAAUCUUGCUUCAAACAGGAAAUUAUCUUCUGGGAUCCCUAAAAGGAAAGACGGAACUGUAGCAGCUACAACGGCUGCUGUUGGAGCGGCGGCAAACUGCUCGCCCGACUGGGUCUGGAUUGGACGAGAAAUUUUGGAGAGGAACGCCAUUGAUACCGCUUGUCAACGAGCCCUCAUGCCCAAUGAAAAGUUCAACAACAAUAAUAACAAUAACAACAUUAACAUCAUCAACAACAUCAACAAUAACAUUAAUAACGUCGAUGGAAGUGACAACAACAACAACAACAACAACAACAACAGCAGUUACAACAUGAAUGAUAACAACAACACGAACGAUCUCAACAUAUACAACAACGACGGCAUACGUUGUUUCGGUGAGGCCGGCCUGAUCGGCCAGCAGCCAGGCGACAACAACAACUGCAGAAACAACACAACAACAUUGCAAAGAAACAGCAACUACAACAACGCACCUCUCUCGACUUCAAGUGCGACGACAACAGCCACAACUAACGUAGCUUCCAACGACAACUCGCCACCGCCACUCACGUCGCCGAGUCCCUUCGCUUCCAAAUUCAAUCCCAACACGAACCACUACCGAGAUUGUUACGAUGACGACGACGAUGACGUCAACAACGGUGGCCAGGAUGACGACGAUGACGACGAAGAUGUUGAUUCAAGUUGCGAGAUUGUCAGUAGAGAUGAGUUGGAGCCGAGGUUGGUGGAUCUGGCGAGGAACUGCAAGAGGUCGAAGCGACGCGUGGUCGACGGCGAAGAAAGCUCUGCCAAUCAGAAGAGUCUUAGAACAAAAGUUAAAUGCAUCAAGAAUCCUGAAAAUCGCUUCCAGACACCAUCAAGCCAGCCACCAUUCAUCUUCAACAACAGCAUCAACCACAUCACCGAUAUUAACUCCCAUCAAAUACAACAGCCACAACCAGCCACAACAUCGCGAACCACACCUCCCCUAUACAACAGCAGCAACAGUAGCCACCACCAGCGAUACACUCCUCCUUCACAGCAACACCACUUUCCAAAUAACUUAGUCAAACCCCUCUCCCCAAGGCCCUCCCUACCCCAUAAAUUUCUCUCGAACAAACCCACCACACAGCUAACCAACUCAACCCUAAACGAAAAACAACGUCUUAACAACAUCCAGUCGGAAAACAUGAUGAAAGUUGGAAGCAGUGGCAAGAAUGGGCUGGAAAGGGGCUUGAAAAAACCGGAAGGGGAUAUAGGAUAUUGUAACAGUGGGUCUUCGGAUGUGGAGUGGGACUGUGUGGCCCUCGGAGUACCCCCGGAUGAACUUUCGGAAUAUUUUGACAAUCUGAAAGAGUCCAUUGCAUAA